CGCGGAGAACGCGCGGUAGGCGCGCGCGCGCGGCCCCCGGACUCCCCUUUUUGUGUCUCCUCGCUCCCGGCGGCGGCGGCGGCGGCUGCGGCGGGAUGGAGGAGCUGAGCAGCGUCGGGGAGCAGGUCUUCGCAGCCGAGUGCAUCCUGAGCAAGCGGCUCCGUAAGGGGAAGCUGGAGUACCUGGUGAAGUGGCGAGGAUGGUCCUCCAAACAUAACAGCUGGGAGCCAGAGGAAAAUAUCCUUGAUCCAAGACUGCUCCUAGCCUUCCAGAAGAAGGAGCAUGAUAAGGAGGUGCAGAACCGGAAGAGAGGCAAACGUCCCAGGGGCAGACCGAGGAAACAUGUGGUGGUGUCAGCUUGUAGCAGGCGCUCCAAGAUCAAGGAAUCGGAUAUGCCAUCAAAAUCCAAAUCCAGCAGUUCUUCUUCUUCCUCUACCUCUUCAUCCUCCUCUGAUGAAGAAGAUGACAGUGACUUGGAAUCCAAGAGAGGUCCCCGGGGCCGAGAGACCCAUCCAGUGCCUCAGAAAAAAGCGCAGAUCUUGGUGGCCAAACCUGAGGUAAAAGAUCCCAUCAGAAAAAAGAGAGGUCGCAAGCCUCUUCCCCCAGAACAGAAGGCGGCCAGAAGACCUGUGAGCCUGCCAAAGAUGCUGAAAACGACUCGGAAGGACCUGGGGCCAUCGAGCAAACUGCCAUCCUCACUCACUGCCCCCGUGACAAGCCUCGCUGCCCUCAAAGCCCAUGCCAAGGAGACCUGCAGUGGCCCCAGUGGCUCACCUGCCACUGAGAACUUGACCAGCCUGAUGAAAGGUAUGGCCGACAGCCCCAGCCGAGGAGGAAACAUCAGCUGGCAGAGCUCCAUCAUGCACUACAUGAAUAGAAUGACCCAGAGCCAAGCCGAGGCAGCCAACAGAUUGGCACUCAAAGCACAGGCCUCUAACAAGUGUGGCCUAGGACUGGACCUGAAAGUGAGAAACCAGAAGGGGGAACUAGGACUCAGCGUGCCAGGAGCCAGAGCUAUGACAGCCCCUAGCGCUGGGAGUGCUGAGCAGAAGUCAGGGAGGACCCCGGGCCUACACAAUGGGGGCAAAGUGGGGGCCUCCUCCGUUGGUACUCAACCAGCUUCAAACCAAGAGCUGAACCUCCAGGCUUUGAACUUGCAGAGCAUGAAAAAUGGAGCCCCAGGGAGUGCUGUGCUUCCCCUGUACCCUGCAGCUGCCAACCUGAAAACCUCCAGUAAUAUUAACCCCACCGCUGGCAAGGGGCUGGGGAGUGGUACCGCCAGAGUGGCCGGAGUUCUCCCUGAAAAGAAAGGUGAGAAACUGGUAGCCAGGGGUGCAGUUGUUUCUGCCUCUGGAAACAAGAGGGACACGAUAAAGAGCAAUUCCAAACCCAGCGGGCCGGAGAGUCACUUGGUUGCAGGUGAGAGCCGAAAGACAACAGCCCUGUCUGAGAUGAGCACUGCAGAGGAGAGUAGUAGCACUGACUCAGAACGGGACUCGGCUUCUUUCCCAGGCACCGCGGGACAGAACCUGUCUGUCUCCAUUCAGACCAGCCAGGACUGGAAGCCCACACGAAGCCUUAUUGAGCAUGUCUUUGUCACAGAUGUGACUGCCAACCUUAUCACAGUCACUGUGAAAGAGUCCCCGACCAGUGUUGGCUUUUUCAAUCUGAGACAUUACUGAAGCUGACUGUCAUCCGGUCUUAAGAUACAGCCCAGGUGACAGAAUCUCUUCUUCAAGUGGACCUCUUAGCCUUUCAUAGUGUUCUCUUUUUGAUUUUGAUUUUUUCAUCAUGAUGUCUGUUUGUAUUUUUAAGUGACCCAUAGCCUGCCCAAAGGAAGACAGACUGGGAAGGUAUAGCUUAUUCACUUCCUUCAAUUUAACAAACAUAUAGAGGAUUCCAUCAACCACCAACCUGUCCUUUAUCCCAGCCCAUGUGUGUACAUAAAACAUGGAUGGAUGCAUUAGGGAAAGGGGACCAAAUCUCAAUUCCUUGUUAUUUUAGUACAACCUAGAUAGACCUUUGUUACAGGUAGGUAGUACUGGCUGAUUUACACACUACUCCUUCCUUUACUAUUUGUCAGUUCACAGCAAAAUGGGUUGAGCCAAAUGGCUCUCAGUGAGUGGCUAUUUUAAGAAAGAAACCGAUUCUUAAGAGUGUUUCAUUUUCUCCAUAUUUGUUACCUACCUUGUCCAUCUUGCCACAGCAUAGCAAAGGUGAAUUUUCUAUCUAGUUACCUGAAGGUGACCAAACCCCAAGAAGAGCAAAGGAGGUUAAAUUGUCUUGCCACCUUCUUCUAUGGGUUAACAAUUCCUGUCCCCAACAUGGGAACGUUCUUCAAUACAAUCCUUUUUUCUGUUAAGGAGGUCUUGUUGGACUCCUUGUUAUUUGGGAUAUGUUGUUUACAUUUCUUUAAGCUAGUAUCAGUUUCUAAAAGGUGCUAUACGUGGGUGGGCCAGCCUAGAAGUUCAUAUGAACUCUUUCCUCCUCAAAGUUGUAGUAGCCAAAGUCACACAGGCAAGUGAGGAAUUUGCUAUGACUACAAUGUCCUUACAUACCUGAAAAUUAGGAACUGUGACCUGAGAGUAGAAUGAAGAGUAUACACUGAAAGCAGCAUAGGAGAGUGUUCCUAGGGUAAGACAAUCUUUUAUCUUUCUGUGGUUCUAGCCAAGAGUUAACUGCUGCAGUAACCCAUAUCCCAAAAUCAUUUCCUAUUCAUGAUCACAUGCCAAGAAACCUUCAGGGAAGAGAGUGCUAGGAACGAUGGACAUUAAGAGUUCUUGUCCCAUUUAGUAUCCAGGUGACACCCUUCUUCCUCAUUUCACUUUAAACUUAUUCUCGUAUUUCCUAGGUGACUACUGAAUAGAAAGACGAAAUAGCUUUGUUUCAGUUGAUACUUGUACCAUUCCUGGAUCCUAGCUUUAGAAGUAUGUUUAUGAGGACUUUUCUAUAAAUGGAGUACUUGGAUGAACUUACCUCUCUGUUCCCUCCCUCCCCCCCCAGAAAAAAGAAAAAUGACCCUUUUUUUGUUUUUUCCCCCUGGAUGGUCCCAGUCACUUGGCCCCAUUAACUGCCUCCAAAAGCCACUAAAAGAAUCUAUGUCCAGUCAGUUCCUGGAAAUGGAUUUUUUUUUGAUAGCCAUCUCAGCUGUUGUUCAGAUGUGCAACAUUGACAUCCCUCACAUUCUUUCUAUGUUAUAGCUGUUGUGGUAUACUUAAGAGGUGAUAAGCUUAUAAAGAAAGGGCCACUGGCCAGGUUAGUGGGAGAUGUUUCAAAUCUUGUUAACCUACCUAUAUGUCCUGGAUUGUUAUGCCCCCCUUUGAGGCAUAACCUUUCCCAGAUUGGAAAUUGGGACCAAACAGAAAAGAGGUUUAAUUCUACUAUAGACCAUCAUCUUUCAGUUUAGAACUAUGUUUUGGUAUAGAAGAGGAUAGACCAUUUUCCUUUAAAAAUACCAAACAAAUCUUGAAACGUCCAAGUACUGGGCAGUUUCCAGGUGCUUACCUUUCUGCUCUCUUUUUUGUAGAAAAAUACAACCCAUGGGUUCCCUCCAUAAACUUCAUUCUAUUCAUACUUGGGGGACUACCACUAGGAUGGGUAAAAAAAUAAGAUGUUAAAUUGUUCCUGAAAGAGACAUAAUACUGUGCUCCUUCCAAAACUAGUCUGUGUCAGAUAUGUCUUAAGAUUUAAGGAGAGUGGGUUGUGAUUGCCCAGCAGCCUAGAAGUAAUCAAAGAGUCUUUUGAUACCAAAAAAGAGGGGGAAAAAUUUUCUGCUUCUGUUUUUAAUUGUGUUCUAGUGUGAAAUCAGCCAAAUGAAUCUUUUGGAAAGAAAAGAGGCCAAUGAGAUUGAGAAGGGAUAAGGGGGAAUUCUUUAUCAAGGUUAUCUCCUUUAAAUAAACCCAAAGUGACUUUUAUCCAGGAUGGGUUGGAAGGCGUGCUUAACCAAGACUGAUUUCUCUGGGGAAGCCUGACCAUGGUCAAGGGCAUCUUUCCUUGUCCUUAACCCAUAUGCCAAAUACUAAAAGUUGGCCUUUGUAUUGGAAUACACACUUAUUGUGCCUUUAAGGAGUAACAUUUUCAUGUCUACUGGAAGCAAGGUGAGGCAGGAAAAUCGAGAAGCCUUUCCCAUGUCCUUUCUUACCUAGCUCUUGAGAAUAGCAUGAAGUUGCCUCGUUUGGUAUUUCUUAUAGUGAUAAAGAAGUGGCAUUUGCUUACCUGGAAUUUGGAGGCUCCCUGCCUAGAGUAGGGAGGAGGGAAAAGCUUCUCAUUCCCAGAAUAGUCCGAAUGGGGUUGUAUGCACUUUCUACUACUAGAAUGGAUUAAAAGAACAAAUUUGCAUAGUCCAGCAUAGCAGGGGUGCAGAGGAAUGGAUCUGGGAGGGUAGUAAAACUAACCUCAAAUUAGUUUAUGGUUCUUAAGACCAGGCCUCCCAAAUGGGCCUCCAAGUACCGUGUAUAUAAUGGGAUCCCACAGAUGUCCCUGCUUGCUUUUGAGUCACCUUAUUAGCAAGCAAACUGCUUUUUAGCAGACCUCCCAACCCCAUGAAGCUGAAGUUUCCAAGUUUCUCAGCCUAUUCCCAUCAAGCACUUUCCUGCCUUUUAGGCGAAGUAAAGCAAAGGCUCUGGGCUGACAGUAGGGGUUCUAAUUAUGAUCAUUAGUGAAUGAGGACUACAGCUAUUAAAAGCAAGUGUGUUUGUCCUUGGGUGUCUUGUCUGAUUUGAGAAAGCUCUCAUACACAGCAUUAAGACUUUUCCCCCAAAUUACGAUGUUGUGCCUUUCUGUUAACUAGCUAUUUCAAGUCCAAAGUUGAAUCAGGAAACACCUUGUUUCUAACCAGUUCUGCCUUUUUUCUCCCCUUUUGCUUAAAAUUUUGACGUUAGGUGUUUUUUGUUUUAAUCCCAGUGGCUCAUAUAUGAAUAAGACUUGUGUUCGUUCACACAUUUGAAAGAGACACUUCUCUAAAGAAUUGUGCAUUUUAUUUCAUCUGUGUUGGACAGAUGUUUGGAGCUGGUGUCAUAUGUUUACCAGUAAACAAACUAGUAUUUAGAAGUCUACCUUUUUUUUUCCCUCCUGAAAAAUUUGCUGCUAUGUUUUUUGUGUGUGCGCACAUAUGUAUAGCUAGGUGUCAAUCAAACAUCUGAUUUAAGGUUUGUUGCUACUUUUUACUUCUAAGGGUUUCCUAAUCGAAUUAUAUGGCAGUAUUUGUAUAUUGAAUGGAUAUUUUUAUCCUGUUUUUUGCCUCCUUUUUAUUUUUUAUUGGACAGGAAGAAGUGGUCGGUUUUGUCAUCUUCCUUAGAGGUUUAGUAUAUAUAUUUUUAUAUAUAUAUAUAUAUUUUGUACCAAAAAAAGAGUGUUCUUUCUUUUGUUACACUCAGAUCCUGAUAGAUAGGGAGGGCUGUGGCCUGAAGGUUUUGUUUAAAAAAAAAAAAUUUAUGUUUGCAAAGGGGAGGGGGAGGGGAUAGGGGAGAGGAAAAAAAGAACUGUUCUUGUAACUAUGCCAAUGAUUGGCUUGAUUUUUUUUUUUUU